AAAAAUGAUCAAGAUUUAAAAUUACUGGAAGUUGAAGUAAAUACAUCUACCGAAGACACUGAGGAUGAAGACGACAAUAAAGAAUCUUCCGACGAUGAUAACUCUGAUGAUGAGGAUUCCUUCAAUAACAACGAAGAUGAUGGAGGGCUCUGUGGUUUUUCUGAUGAUGAUGAAGAAAAAAUAAAAGAACUUGUUCCAAACAGAGAUUCGUUGUGUCUGAAAAAACUCCAAAGUUUUGGAGAAGGUAAAGUUUUAAAACAACGGGCCAUAGCAAACGCAAAGUUGGAGAAUGAAAAACUUCUAUAG